UUGAGAAUUUUAUAGAAUUUACUAGCAGUCAAGUGUUGAAUAUAAGAGUAAAUGUGUACAGUGUCUGUUAAAUAAAUUUAUAAUUCAAAUAAAAAAAAAAAUUCUUUUUCGGUAACGGCUGUUACAACUUCAGUUGAAUUGAGAGAACGGUAAUAUCAUCACUAACUCGAAUUCACUCCCGCGUAUUUUAAAAUUUUUAUAUUUAUUUAUAUUUUUUUAAAUUUAUAAAAAAAUAAUGGCAUUUUUACGAUUGAUAAAACGUACGAUUUUUUUAAGACAUAAAAAAAAUAUUGAUGGAAAAAAAAAAUAUUCAACAACAAAUAGAUUGUGUCAAUUGAAUCAAAUAUUACCACGUGAUAAUGUACGAGUUACAAGUGCAACGCAAAUUGAUAUUAACAAUGAUAGUAUCAUUAAAGAUAUUGAAAGACCAAUAGAUCCAUUAGAUUUGACAUUUAGCGACCCGGUCGCUGCUUUCAAGAGCAAAACUAUGAAAGAAUUAAUUCGUGCUUACGUUUGUUUUCAAUUUUGUUCUUUUGACUACGUCGUUGAAAAUAAUGCUAAAAUUAUGAAAACUGCGCAACGUGUAUUAGGAGAGAAAUUAUUUACAUUUUUAAUGAAAUCAACAUUUUACGGUCACUUCGUUGCUGGAGAGGACGAAAUUCACAUAAGACCAACUUUAGAUCGAUUGCGUCAAUUUGGUGUGAAACCGAUCCUCGAUUACUCUGUCGAAGAAGAUUUGUCUCAAGAAGAAGCUGAGAGAAGAGAGCUGAAAGCGUCGGUGUCCGAAGCCGGGGACGAAAAAAAAGAGGGGACGAUUAAAAAAUAUCAUGUAGAAAAAUCAUUCGCUGACCGUCGAUACAAAGUAUCUUCUGCUCGAACAUAUUUUUAUUUAAACGAGGCUUCAUGUGAACGAAAUAUGGCCAUUUUUAUAAAAUGUCUUGAAGCCGUUUCGACUGCUUCUGUUGGUACUGGAAUAAUUGCUAUCAAAUUAACGGCGCUAGGACGUCCACAAUUAUUAUUGCAAUUAUCGGAAGUAAUCAUGCGUGCGCGUCAAUACAUGACUGAUGUAGUAGGAGGCGAGGGCGCAGUAUUAGCUCAUCAUACGUCACCGGAAGUGUUAAAAAAAAAAUUCGAAGACGCUCAUAUCACUGACGAAGUUCCGGUUCAAAAAUUUUUGGAUAAAAUUCAAUCGGAUAAUGAAGGAGUGAUACAUUUGUUUCCUUGGAGUGGAAUAUUGAACGAAAAUUAUGAAUUAAGCGAGACAUUCCAAGUGCCAGAUAUAAAAACGGGUAAGAUGGUCAGACUGAUGACCCAACUGACCCGUAAAGAAGAAGAAAUGUUUCGUAAUAUGAUUAGAAGGUUAAAUAACAUCGCGACCAUUGCAGAUAAAUUAAAUGUCAGGAUAAUGAUCGAUGCAGAGCAAACGUAUUUUCAACCAGCGAUUUCACGACUGACCCUUGAGAUGAUGAGAAAAUAUAAUACACACAGAGCUGUGGUAUUCAACACUUAUCAGACGUAUUUAAAAGAUACGUGGAAUGAAGUAAAGACAGAUUUAGAACAAGCUGAAAGGCAGAAUUUCUAUUUUGGUGCCAAAAUUGUCCGUGGCGCGUACAUCGAACAGGAAAGGGCUAGGGCUGCAGCGAUGGGAUACCCGGACCCGACGAAUCCUACAUAUGAAGCGACUACGGAAUGUUAUCAUCGCACGCUGAUGGAGUGUUUGAAGAAAAUGAAACAGUACAAGGAUCAAGGUAUCGAUCCUAAGAGGUUUGCUAUCAUGGUAGCGUCUCACAAUGAAGAUACUGUGAGAUUUGCCAUUGAAAAAAUGAAAGAAAUCGGAAUUUCUCCGGAAGAUAAAGUCAUUUGUUUUGGACAAUUGUUAGGAAUGUGUGACUACGUAACCUUCCCACUAGGACAAUCAGGAUACUCAGUAUAUAAAUACAUCCCUUAUGGACCAGUGAAAGAAGUCCUACCAUAUUUAUCCCGACGUGCGCACGAAAACUGCGCGAUCCUCUCAAAAAUAAAUAAAGAAAAAAAAUUAAUAAUGACAGAAAUGAUUAGACGACUACGUACUAGACAAUUAUUUUACAAACCACAGGGUCAUUACACUCCAGUAUAAAAAUUAAAGAAAAUUAAAUUAUAAUUGUAUUAAUAAAAUAUUUUUUUUUUUUUCAAU